CCCGGACUUCUGGGUCCUUCCCGGGUGGGGGUCAGGGACACCCGGGACCUUCCCGGGUGGGGGUCCCGGACUUCUGGGUCCUUCCUGGGUGGGGGUCCAGGACACCUGGGUCCUUCCCGGGUGGGGGUCCCGGACAUCUGGGAUCUUCCUGGGUGGGGGUCCAGGACACCCAGGUCCUGCCUGGGUGGGGGUCCUGGACUUCUGGGUCCUUCCCAGGUGGGGGUCCCAGACUUCUGGGAUCUUCCUGGUGGGGGUCCGGGACGCCCGGGUCCUUCCCGGGUGGGGGUCCCGGACUUCUGGGUCCUUCCUGGGUGGGCAUCCCAGAUGCCUGGGUUCCUCCCCAUUUUGGGGUCUGGUUCAGGGCUCUGGAUACUGGGAAGGGGGUGGGGGUUGGUUUGGGGUGCAGGACACCUGGGACCCUCCCCAGUUUGGGGUGGGAGCUGGGGGGGCUGGUUUGGGUGCCCGGACACCUGGGACCCUCCCAACUGCCUCUCCCCUCCCCUUCCCCACCACCGAGGCUCGGUUCGACACCAAACCAGACGACAUCCCAUUUCUGCGCUAAAAAAACGGCAUUUUGGGGCAGAUGAGAAAACACCGCAUGGGCCCGGCAGCCACCACCAUCUUUUGGGGCAAAAACUCCCCAAAUUGCUGUGUCCUCACUGCAAAAACUUCUCUUUUUGGCGGAAAAUCCCCAUUUUUAGCACCCAUGCGGAUUUUGGGUCUGUUGGCUGAUUUUUUUGUGUCCUAGAGAUGUGUGCGUGAUCCAAGGUGGCUUGAAUUCCCUUUGAUUUACAGGUUCGAAGCAGGAAAUGUAGAUUAUUUUUUUAAAAAGGGAUUUUUUUUUUUCCCCAGCAUGGGGAAAAAUAGGGGUUUAUGUGAUUUUUCCAGAAAUACUGAUUUCUGAGAGCGAUGUUUUGGGGUGAGAGGAACUGCUUUGAGGACAUGAAACAUCCCGGGCGCCUGACCAUGGGCGUUUUGUGCUGCUUGUGGGUGCUUUUUGUGCAUCACUAACGCAUUUUCCCUGAUGGCAAAAAAAAAAAAGAAGAAGUGCUAACUUUCUGCAAAACGCAGACAAAUUGCCAAAUUUCUAAUAAUAGUCCCCCCCCCCCCCCCCCCCCCCUUUUUUUUUUUUGCAUUUAUUUGCACUUCUUUUCCUGUUCAGACUUUGGCCUUUCCCAGGGCUCGUGUGUCUCCAGGCGAGCUCAAGCCGUGCAGGAAAACACCGCUCAGGGCUAGAAGUGACCCAAAAAGGACUAAAACCACCCCAAAAAAAGGGAUUUACAUCAAAGCGGGAGCAGAGGCGAGCCUCCGGAGGUGGCCGGCAGGAUGCUGAGGUGUGAGUUAUUCCUCGCCGCCACCCUCCUCUUCCUCGGCCGUGGAAGCAGCGGGGCUGAUGGACCUGCCAAAAUCUCGUCGGUGGGAGUGAUGGGAAGGAGACUUCUGCAGCCCCCGGCCGCCAGCUGGAGCUUUCCCCGGAGGAAGCGAGAUGUGGAGCCACCUUCAUACCUGAAGUGGGUGGCUUUUGAAGGCAAGCUGCCCGCCAAUGCCGUCUCCAACUGGAACGACUAUGCCAAGAGGAUGGAGUAUGUCUGCUCAACAGGAGUGCUCGGCUGCAACACUGGUGCCUACGUCCCCGACCGAGGUCCCUUCUGCUUCUUCCCGUUUGCAGAAGAGGAGCAGAGCACCCCCAUGUUCAAGGUGUUAGUCAACGUGGGAGACUUUGAGGCGCUGGACUGGGUGGACGCCUCCUUCGGCAGCGUGCCCAAAAACGCCGUGGAGGGCUGCCCAUCCGUUGAUGUCUUCGUUGGGAGGAACCGCUACGGCUUGGGCAAGGUCACCAAAGAGCAGAGGGCUAUCUUCGUAGUGGUGGAUGGUGAGGAGGUUUGGUACAAGUGGUACCAAGUCUUGGUGGUCAAGAAGGGCCCAGCAGACAUCACCAUCUCCGAUGUCCGCUACAACUUCAGUGGGGCAGUGGAGCACGGGGAGGACGUCACCCUGACGAAGACCACGUUGAAGAAUGAGGGCUGCCAAGUGGUGCGGAAAGCUGUCACCUUGGAGGAGGCCACUGAGAUGGAGCACGACUGGGAGAUAGACCAGAGGGUCUUCGCCACCAUCCGUGGGGUGUUGCGAGCCGCCGUCUUGGCCUUCAAUGGGACGGGCUGGGAGGUCACCAAUGUCAACAACAUCCCCUGGGUGGGGGGAGCCAGCACCAGCGAGUAUGUUGUCCAUACCCGUGUGGUUGAGGAGGAGGUGCAGCCCCGGAUGGUGUGCACGGUGGCCCUGGAGGGACGCCAGUUGGACGUCCGUGUCCCUUUCACCGCGCAGCUGACCCGUAAUUUUGGCGACGGUCAAGUGCACCAUGUGGCUGUGACGGGGUGGGCUCGCAGCCGGGCGGUGGUGGGUGUCAGGGCCAGUGUCAAGCAGUGCUGGCCCAUCACUGAUGUCUCACCAUGCCGGGCAUAGAGGAUGGUGAGGUGGGUUGGUGCAUCUGGCACGUUCUACUGUGACACAGAAUGCAAUGCCAUGUGAUUUUUUUUGCAAUCUUUUUUCUGGGUUUGUUUGUUUUUCCCCCCAUAACUACCAUCUCACCCCAAAACAGGAUGGCAGCAACUUGGAAUGCAGAAAAAUGUAUUUUUUUUGGCCUUCCAUAUUUUUCAUUUUCAUGGCAUAACCUUCAUCCCUCUCUGAAACGACACAGCAACAACACAGAAUGCAGAAAAACGUGGGGUUUUCCGUCUUUAUUUUCUAUUUUCUCCAAAAUAAGCUCCAUCUCUCCCCAAAAAGACACAGCAACAAUGUGGAAUAUAGAAAAAUGCUGGAUUUUGCAGUCUGCAUUUUCUAUUUUUUUCCCUAAUAACCUCCAUCUCUCCCUGAAACAGGACGGUACCAGCAUAGGAUGCAGAAAAAUGCAUUUCUUACGGUCUCUAUUUUUCCUUUUUUCCACCAUAAAUUUCAUCAAUCGUCUCUCUCCAACCCGGCAGAGCAGCCGCCUGUUGAGGAACCUCUCUCCACCCAGAGCUGGAUGGACAUAAUUUCCUGCUGCGACACCUGCGUUAUCUUUUCCUCUUGCGUUUGAUGAAAAAUGCUUGCAAGGCAAACAAA